CGCCGCUCCAGGACUCAGGCAACCUCGCCGCCACGGGUUCCAUUCACUCCGUCGACAAGCCGCCAUCUAUCAUCCGCAGGCACAUCAACCUCUCCUCGCCCCUCUCCAAGCUCACUGCGAAGCUGUCGACCAGGUCGCGGACCUCGAACCUCGCCCAUGCGCCCAUAAGUAAUGUGGGCGUUCCAUUCGGACGUUGGCGGAGUCGGUCGCCGUCACCUGCGCCGUCGCUGGACAUCCGCAUGCCCACUGGCCUCGGACGGCGUGCCAGCGAGCUAGGAGAGCGCGAGGAUAUCGAGGAGCCAUGUCCACCACACACGAGGAAACGCAGCAUCAGCCUACCCGCAGCCGUUCAGGCCGCACGGUGGCGGGAUGCCAUGGCCCGGGAGGAGGCACAGGCAAAUGAGCAGGCGCAGGCGAGUACCAGCUCCGUACCACACACCCCUGCCGUAUCUCGCGUUUCCCCCGACCUCCUGUUCGUCGCCUUCUCCUAUGCGCCCCGCCCGGACGUCGUCGCGCUCGCACAGGUGUCGAAAACAUUUUCGCAUGCGGCGCUGCGUGCGCUGUAUGAAAACCUGGACCUGCGCGACGUGAGCGACGAGCGUGCGACGCAGUGCAUAGCAUCGCUCGCCUCGCGCCGGCCGACCGCCGCGCUCGUCCGUAGUUUCGCCUGCCGGACGCUCCCGCCGCCCGACGACUCGACGUCGUUCGCGACGGUCACAUUCGCGAUCGCGUUCAACAACAUGGACGGGCUGCGCGCGCUUACGCUCCCCCGGUUCGACGUCCGCAUACUGUCCCAUACGACGUUCUCCCUGCAACGUCUCGCGCUGCUCUGUAAAAACAUAUCCGGGCCCGAGUUCCACGCGCUCGUUGCAUGGCUUGCGCGACACCCGGAGCUCACCGCGCUCUCGCUCCCGCGGCUCGUCCUCCCCGCACUCCCAGCCCUCCCAGACACCUCCGCGCCUAAUACCCCGCAUACGCCUGAUACCCCGACUCAUGAAUCUGACGCCGCUGCCCCGACCUCAUCUACGUCUUCCAACUGCUCAUCUCCAUCGUCAUCGUCAUCACCAUCAUGUUCCCUCAUCCCGCCAACUGUGCUCCCGAAAUUGCGCAAGGUGCACGGUCCUGUAGUCUUAGCUGCUGCGCUCGCGCCCGGGCGGCCGUUGGAGAGCGCGAAACUCCCGAUCCAGGAUACGCUCUAUGACGGCCUCCGGCCAUCCGCUAUCAUGUCCGCGCUCGCGUCGGCGCGCGAGACGCUCCGCACGGUUACUAUCAGGCCGGUGUCGACCAAGAUCGACUCGCGCACGCUCGAGCGCGUCGUCAUGGCCGCGGGCGCGGAGCUGGGCGAGUUCGUCGAGACCCUGGAGAUACACUGGGUCAUGGACGACGAGACCCUGUACAAGCUCGUUCUUUCCGUGCUCGGGCGGUUCCGCCAUCUGCAGACGCUCCGGCUUCUGCGCGACUCACCGCCGCCGUUCCCGUCCUCGCCGUUACUGGAGUUCCCCCUGCCGCCCGCGUCGCCGCCGCUCUCCGCCGGGGCGCGUACCUCGAUCUCGUCCUUCUCGUCCGCGUUCCCGCCGGUGUCUGCGCGAAGCGGCCGGUCAGGGGGCAUGCUGGACACCCCGUUCCCGCGCGUGCACGAGCGCGCGCACCUGGCGCUCUGGAGCAAGACGUGCCCGACCCUCCGGCGCGUGUGGUUCCUGUCGGGCGCAGAGUGGACGGUGCUGCCGCGCAGUCCGGAAGAGGCUGCGUUCGGGCUCCCACCGUUUGAGUUCGUGGGGUACACGCAGGUGUAGGCUUCGGAGAACCUCGCCCUACGUCCUCAGCGUCUACGGCAGCGUGCUGUUGUUUUCGACGGCCGCCCUGUCCCUGCAUCUGCCAUCUGCCAUCCACCAUCCGCCUUGACCAUCUGCCGCCGUGCGGCCCCUGCAUCCCGCCCCAGCCUCGCCUACGCCCACGCCCGCCCGCAUCCACAUUCUUUUUCCCACGUCCCGAGUCCCGAGUCCCGAGUCCCCUACCUUAUCGCGCUCGAUCCCCCGCUCUGCUGCUCGCCCGUCUCCCUCUGCCACUGUGAUCCGCCCCAUCCAUCCGACUCCCAUUGCUUAGUGUAGAUCGGGCGCUCGCCCGUGCUCUGCUUCGUGUCUGUACAUGUCGCAUCGGCCGCGCGCGGGUGUGCGGGCGGCGCGGCACGCAAGUAUAAUAGCUCCUUACAUCGGUUCCUGCAUGGUCGCUCUCUGCUAUCUAACGACUAAUAUAUC